UAAAAAUAAAACCAGGUAGCCGACCACGCCACCUUACGUUGGGCUCUUCCCAGUUAAGUAGUGCCCCAUCACACAAAUCUACUCCCACUCCCAUCCCCAUCACCUCUCUCCCCCACCACCUCGCCAUGGCCGCUAUCCUCCUCCUCCUCCCGCUCCUCCUCGCCGCCGGCCUCGCCAAUGCCGAACCGCUGCCGCCGUCCACCAUCGUGCUCAAGGACGGCACCACCUGCACCCUCUGCGCCUCCUGCGACAACCCCUGCAACCCCUCCUACUACCCGCCUCCGUCCCCUCCCCCGGCCCCGGUCACGACGCCGUUCCCGCCCCCGCCUUCCUAUCCCUCCAGCGGGGGCACCAUCGUCUACUCGUCCCCGCCCCCUCCUUCCAACAGCGGCGGCGGUGGCGAAGGCUACUACUACCCCCCGCCGACCGGCGGGUCCACCGGCGGAGGAGGAAAUGCCGGCGGCGGCGGCGCCUCCCAGCAGGGCGGUGGGGGUGGUGUCUACCCGAUGCCGCCGCCGCCCAACCCGUUCCUGCCCUACUUCCCCUUCUACUACUACAGCCCGCCGUCGCCGCCGUUCUACCACAGCGGCGCGGCCGCAACCGCCGCGUCGUCGUCGUCGGCGACGCUUCUCCCGCUCCUCCUCGCCGAGCUGCUGCUGCUGCUAUGGUGAGAAACUGAGAAUGGGGUAGAUCUGCCGAGUUAAUGAGCUGUCUUUUAUUCACUAGGGAUGGUGAUUCGAUUGUGUCCUUUGUAAUUUUAGUAAUUUCUAUUGUAAGUUCAUUUUCUUCUCUUCUUUCUUGGUGAUUUACGCGUCCGUAUAACAACUUGUGUCAAACUGUAAAACAAAGGCAAUGAGUCAAUGAGUAAUAAGUUUUAGUACCUAGAGCUGCGAUACUGGAUCUAAUCGAACUGUUCAUGCCAAAGAAAUUGAGAAAUGUGUUCACCUACCCUUCUUGAUUCAAGGCAACUUUUUUUUUUCUGGAGUCUGUAAAAAUAUGCAGCUGUACAGUAGCAGUACGAGCUUUCUGAUCAGCUUGUUUUUGCUCUCUGGGAGUAGCCUGUGAGCUGUGGUGAUUGUUCUGGAAUUUUUCUCAUUUAUGGUGCUUGCAUCACGCGGCAAUCUCUGAACAGAUUGUACCCUGCCCGUCUCCUAGGAGAAGAGCAGUACAGCCUGCCUGUGUUGACGCCUGGCCAAGAA